CCACGUCUAACUUCCUUGACUGGCUGGGCUUGUUAGUGCUCAUACGCCCGUACUUGUUCACAGCAGCUCAGGGACCGAGGCACCUGUCAGACAGAGGAAUACUUUCCCUCCACUCCCACACACACACACACACACACAUACACACUCAGCCACUGACUCUCAGCUGAACUGCAUGGACUUUGCUCUGCUGGGUGGAAAGUGAUCACAGGGGGCGUGUAAAUUAAACAGAAGCAAGGCGGGAGAGAAACCUCAAGAGGAAACAUGUCAAAAGAGGGGAACAGAGCAGCUGUAUUUUCCACCACCAAAGUGCGGACCAAGCUGAAGGGAGAUGGCAGCUGGCUGCAGCGCACCAGUGAACCUCAGGCCGAAGCUGAGGAGGAGGUGAAACCCUGGCUGGCAGAGGUGAGGGCCAACCGUGUGAAUGGAGCCCCCAUCGAGACCAGUCCAGGGCCUUCGCCGACAAAGCCCGAGCUGCCGCCCAACAAGCCUGACGCCGAGAGAGCGCCAACGUCAGGAUAUCUGAUCAGAGGCAUUUUCACUAAACUGGACGAGAAGACUGAAUCAUCGCCCACAUCCAACGGCUCAAGUGGAACGACGCAAUUCAACAAAAAAGCCUCGGAGAGCUACAAGAGAAUAGCCCCCCACACGGUGAGGCCCACUUCAGAGAACCAGGAGGACCUUCUGAGCAAUGAGGAGCAGGAGAAACGGACGGAGGCAGCCAGCAAUGUUCUGAAGACGUCUUCAGUCAGGCAGCGGUCUUACGUGCUCUCUGCUGCUAAGAAAUUUGAGUUGAUUGACAAAGCCGCUGACACCUCGCCGGUCAUCAACAAUGUAUCAUUUGUGGCGAAAAGGGUUGAGAUUGUAGAUGACGAUGAGGAAGCCAAGACGCCACCACCUGUCAGCUCCCCCAGCCCCGUCGCAUACGUCGCCCCCGCCCCGACGGCCAGACCCAGGGGAAUUGAGGAAACAAACGUGAAAACCGCCGCUGAUGAGCCAGUGGCUCCGAAGGUUCUGGGGCCGCUACCGCACCUUUUGAAAGAAGAUCCCACUCCAGUGUCUGUGACGCAGAAGAACCCGUUUGAAGGCUUGAAGCCGGGAUGCACCAAGGUGGCCACACCGCUCCCUGAACUCAUCCCAGUGUUAGUAGAAGCAGUUCAUAAGGAGCCAGAACCUAAGGAGCCCGAUGUUUCUGAUCAGACCGACACCUCUCUGGUUAAAAUCACCCCUGAUUUACCAAACCUGGUAUCAACCACUCCAGCUCGAGCUGUCCCAGAAUCCCCUGCUCGUUUGUCCCCUGCCCUGUCUUCAACUGUCCCAAAACCCCCGGCUCCAUUGUCCCCUGCCCUGACUUCAACUGUCCCAAAACCCCCUGCUCCAUUGUCCCCUGCCCUGACUUCAACUGUCCCAAAAUCCCCCGCUCCAUUGUCCCCUGCCCCGACUUCAACUGUCCCAAAAUCCCCCGCUCCAUUGUCCCCUGCCCUGACUUCAACUGUCCCAAAAUCCCCUGCUCCAUUGUCUCCUGCCCCGACGACAACUGUCCCAAAAUUCCCUGCUCCAUUGUCCCCUGCCCCGACUUCAACUGUCCCCAAACCCCCUGCUCCAUUAUCCCCUGCCUUGACUUCAACUGUCCCCAAAUCCCCCGCUCCAUUGUCCCCUGCCCUGACUUCAACUGUCCCAAAAUCACCGGCUCCAUUGUCCCCUGCCUUGACUUCAACUGUCCCAAAAUCACCGGCUCCAUUGUCCCCUGCCCCGACUUCAACUGUCCCCAAACCCCCUGCUCCAUUAUCCCCUGCCUUGACUUCAACUGUCCCCAAAUCCCCCGCUCCAUUGUCCCCUGCCCUGACUUCAACUGUCUCAAAAUCACCGGCUCCAUUGUCCCCUGCCUUGACUUCAACUGUCCCAAAAUCACCGGCUCCAUUGUCCCCUGCCCCGACUUCAACUGUCCCCAAAUCCCCCGCUCCAUUGUCCCCUGCCCUGACUUCAACUGUCUCAAAAUCACCGGCUCCAUUGUCCCCUGCCUUGACUUCAACUGUCCCAAAAUCACCGGCUCCAUUGUCCCCUGCCCCGACUUCAACUGUCCCCAAAUCCCCUGCUCCAUUGUCCCCUGCCCUGACUUCAACUGUCCCAAAAUCACCGGCUCCAUUGUCCGCUGCCCUGACUUCAACUGUCCCAAAAUCACCGGCUCCAUUGUCCCCUGCCCAGACUUCAACUGUCCCCAAAUCCCCCGCUCCAUUGUCCCCUGCCCUGACUUCAACUUUCCCAAAAUCACCGGCUCCAUUGUCCCCUGCCCCGACUUCAACUGUCCCCAAAUCCCCUGCUCCAUUGUCCCCUGCCCUGACUUCAACUUUCCCAGAAUCCCUUGCUCCAGUGUCUACAGUAACAACGAUCACAGUGAUGACAGAACCUGAAGAAGAACCUGAACCACAAUCUAAACCUUCUCCCAUGACAAGCUCCAGAGUUGACACCCUCGCUGCCUUUUACGACACUCUCGUUCCCACAAGUUCCACCAGUCUCAAGGAUGAUGAGCCAGAGCUGGCGAAGGAACAAGGAAGCCCAGCAGAGAGCCACUCCACAGAGAGCAGAGCUGCGGAGGAGCCCGAUCCAGUUUUCAGCAUUCCGGAGCCAAUGACAGACGAUCUCCUGGCAUUCGAUGAUGGUCCACAGGAGGCAGCAGUGCCUGUUCCCCAGAGCCCAGGACGCUGGAGUCAGGAUCUGCUCAGUGGAUUUGAUAGUGAGCCAGACCCAGCGAUGACCAGCGGCGCCCUGGAUCUCCUGGCUACUGAUGUGAUUCCAUUCAACACAGAGAGACGCAGCCCCAGCGUGCAGCGGGAGGAGGAGAAGCAGACAGAUGAGACAGCAGGAGAAACACAAAGCCACACAGAGACCGUCACUGUAACCACCAGGACUGUGAUUAUUACUGACCAAAGUGAAGAGGACAAAGCAGAUCCCUGGAGCUCACAUAUGACAACAGUAGUUACUGAAUCCAGCUCGGCUGAUCCGUUUGAUCCAUAUCCGAUAGGGACCACAUCCCCUAACAGCUCCUCUGACCUGCUCCAGCCCCUCGCAGAUAUUUCCAUCAACAGCACACCAGCCACGUUCACGGAGAACAAAGAUCUGAGUCCAGAACCACAUCUCGGCACUCAGAGGUCAUGGGCACGCACAUGGGACACCAUCACACCUCAGCAGGCCGGCACAGAGGAGAGCCAGGAGGCCGAACCGGAGGACCAAGCCGGAGACCAACAGACGAUGAUCAUGUUUGAGAGAAAGUCCAAGGAGAACGACUCCCCAUGGGACAGGUGGACAUCCCCCACUGUCUAUACCAUCACUACAGAAGAGGACGAAGAGGAGGAUGAAGAGGAGGAAGAGGAGGAGGAGGAGGAGGAGAGCUCGAAGGAAACACGCACAGAGACAGUCACGACCGUCACCACCAUCAGGGAGAUACACGGUGAGCCAGAGCCCGCUAUGGAUCGUUAUCAAACCUACACCAGGUCGGUGACUCAAGAAGAGCGCCCUGUCCAAACACCGGAGCCCGAGACCAAAAAGCCGUUUGUGUAUUUGAAGGAAUACGUCAAUACUUCAGAGGAGUCCUCGCAUAACGCCAGAGAUGAAACCAAUAGUGGGCUGGAUUAUUUGACAUCGAGCUCCACCAGCUACUCUUACAGCAGCCCCUCCACGUACCCCAGCGGCCCCAUGUCAUCCAGCUGUACGUUCUGCGGCAAGCUUGUGGGCGAUGAUGCUAAGAUCACCAUCGAGCACCUCAAUAUCAACUGUCAUCCCGACUGCUUCAAGUGUGGUGUGUGUGAUAAGGAUAUGGGAGACCUGCUCUGCAGUAUGUUCCUACACGGAGGGAAGGUCCACUGCGAGAGCUGCUACUCCAAAGCUUUAGACUGAUUGUCUGAGCUCUUCAGCGUCCCUCUUAUCCUCGUCCCCCUUCCCUUCAUGUUCAUUUGCAUAUAAAGUGAGAACUGUGCUUUAGCAAAAAUGUUGGACUGUGUUCAGUUGGAACCUUGCUGUGGUUUAGGGUGAUCAAAGAGACUCUCAUAGUGAACAAUAUGAUUUAUUUUGCUUCCAUUAGGUUAAAUUUCUAAUUUCUCAAACAUGUUAUACAAGCUUGUGUUUGUUUGUUUCUUCCCUGGUGGUGAGAGCUGUAUCUUCCUCAAUAGACUAUGAAGGAUAUGCCUGUACAACAUGCUGUGCUACAUAUAACUGUGAACAGGCAAGUGGGGUGCAAUAUUAUGAUUUAGCUUUUUGAGUAGUUAUAUGCAAGAUUAUUACUUUGUUACAUGUUUGCUUUCUUUGUUCUUCUUGAUACAAAACAGUGUGUUCACAUAUAUGAUGCCUUGUUAACAAAAUAAAGUGAUUUAUAUGA